GAGCGGGUUGAGCGGCAGGCAGGGCCGCGGCAGGCACCGAGCGGCCCGCGAACGCCGGGGGAGCGCCUGCGGGAGGAUCCAAGGUGCUGGUGUCUCACCCUGCCUGGAGUCCGAGGUCCUGUGUGCCCACCCACCUCCCAACGUCACCAAUGCGACCAUGGGAACUGGCAGUGAAUAGGCGGCCACCCUCUGCCUCUUUUAACCAGCACCGUUUCUCGGGGGGACCCUGCAGCAGCCCCGACCACCUCCGGCGAAGCCCCCCUGCCAGGCGUCAGUGGGGACGACGCGACCGACCUCUGGCAAGCCUGCUGGGGCAGGAUGAGCCCCAGCUGCACCCUGCCUUCCCCCAGCAGCCGCACGUCCCUGUAGAUGAGCCCCGCACCUACGCUCUCCCCAGCACGCCGCCACGAAUGCUUCACCCGGCUGCUCACCCGCCCCACCAGAACCCAUUCAUGGUGGAUCUGCAUGACCAGGUGCACCAGGGACCCGUCCCUCUCUCUUACACGGUUACCACCGUCACGACGCAAGGCUUCCCUAUCCACGCCGGCCAGCACAUCCCUGGGUGCAGCACCCAGCAGCUCCCAGCAUGCUCAGUGAUGUUCAGUGGACAGCACUACCCACUCUGCUGCCUCCCACCCCCGCUGAUCCAGGCAUGCGCCAUGCAACAGCUCCCCGUCUCCUACCAGACAUUCCCCCCCAUCAUCUCCAGCGACCAUUACAUCUUGCACCCCCCACCGCCGCCAGUGCCCCCACACCAGCCGCCCCACAUGGCCCCCCUGGGGCAGUUUGUACCUCUCCAAGCCCAGCACCCACGCAUGCCUCUGCAGAGGAUAGACAAUGACGUGGACCUGCGAGGGGAGCAGCACCCCAUCGCAGGCUUCACGUACCCCCCGUCCCACCAUGCUCCAACGUUGUCCCCCUCUGUGCCGCUGCAUUACCUUCCCCACGACCCGCUGCACCAAGAACUGCCAUUUGGCGUGCCAUACCCCCACAUGAUGCCCCGGCGGCUGAACACCCAGCGGUACCGGCUGCAGCAGGCACUGCCCCCCCCGCCGCCCCCUCCACCGCCCCCACCGUACUACCCGAGCUUCCUGCCCUAUUUUCUCUCUAUGCUUCCUGUGUCGCCGACGGCUGUGGGGCCCACGAUCAGCCUAGACCUGGAUGUGGAUGAUGUGGAGAUGGAGAAUUAUGAGGCACUGCUGAACCUGGCUGAGCGACUGGGGGAGGCCAAGCCACGGGGACUCACCAAAGCAGACAUCGAGCACCUCCCGUCCUACCGCUUCAACCCUGAGAGCCACCAGUCUGAGCAGACCCUGUGUGUUGUGUGCUUCAGCGACUUUGAAGCCCGGCAGCUUCUCCGCGUCCUGCCCUGCAACCACGAGUUCCACGCCAAGUGUGUUGACAAAUGGUUAAAGGCAAACCGCACAUGCCCCAUCUGCCGGGCGGACGCGUCGGAGGUGCAGCGGGAGGCGGACUGAGGCUGGCGGGCGCUGUGCUGCACAAUUCGCGAGAGGAUGAGGAUGCCGGGCCGGGGGCGGGGGCCACUGCCCACUGCCAGGGCCUGAACCUGCGCUUACCCCCCCUCCCCAAAACCUCUCCUCGGAUGUGGUGAGCAUUGAGCAGUCUGGGCUCCCGGCCAGCCCCCCUCCCUGCCGGGACACGGACUCGGCCCGACGCCUGCCCGCUGCGCUCCUGGGGCCCUGAAACGUUGUGCUGGAGGCAGGAGGCGUGUGGCUGUGCCCUCCAUGCUCCAAAGACGCUGUUGUUACUCCCAUCACUUUCCAGGUCUCUACUCUGCUAGGGAAUUAGUGUUUUUUUCCUUUUUGUCACCUUUUUUAUUUUUCAUGGUAGGGUUUGUUAUUUUUUGCCCCUCCCAUUUCCUUUCCUUUUUGACCCAGCAGCGUGCAGGUGGCUCCUCCCCUCGGGGAGGAUGUGGUGGAGAGAGGAGGGAGCACCGUGGGUAUGAUGCUGCUGGCACCCUGAGCUGGAAGUGCCCAGCCAGCCCCAGGGGCAGCUGGAGGAAGUGGCCAGCAGAGCAUGGCCAAGGUGGGACACCAGCAACCCCAGGGCAGGAACGCCUCCGUCCCUGCAUGCAGCCUGGCUUGGCCCCUCUCCUGCCUCAGCUGCCCCAGGGAGUCCCAGAAGGUUAUGGGUCCUUGGGUUCUUUCCCUGCUGGGAGGACAGUUGUCCCCAGCCCCUCUCCUGGUUUGUUCUCCCAUGCCUGGCCAGUGCAGCUCUCAGGACUGGGCCAUCUGAAGUCCUAUGAGGCAGCCAGGCCUGGAGGGGGAUGCCAGCCCUCUCCCCAUGGCCACGGGCAUGCAGUGGCCCCGGUGUGCUGCCUGGCUCCCACUGUUGUUUCUCUGUCUCACCGCCAUAAAUCAAAAUAGCCCCAUGCCCCUGUCCUGCUGGCUGGACAGCCCAGCAUGGUGCCCCGUCCGCUAGGAAGCAGGGGACGGGUAGGGCUGCAGCUGGUGCCCCCAGUGCAGGGGUUUACCCAUAACCUGGCGGUGUCUUUCCAGUGCUACCCGUGGCCCUGAUCCAGCCAGUGCCAGGGGAGCUGUGAGCAGCCCCCUGCAUGCAUGGGGCCA